AUGGUUGCUAACGGCCUUCAACCAGACAUUAUUCCAUCGCAGUCGACUGAAACAACCGACGAUUCCGAAGAACUGUCAUCGAAAGUGUACACUAAAACAAUCGUACUGCCAAUUUUUCCAGAUUCAAACAAAUUCUUUUGCUGCUUUCAACGUUUGCAUAUUACGGUUAGUGGUUGUAAGCUAGUCUCUGUGAUUUGGUCAUUUGCAUACGUUGGACUGGUUGCGGUUGUUGUGCUCGGCGGAAGUUCGGCGGCUGUAUUGAAUGCGAUUCUGAUAGCGUUGAGUGUCUCCAUUUGUACCAUAUAUGGCACUUACCGUUGGUGUAAACUCUGCUUAAUACCCUUCAUCACGUUACAGGUUAGCUAUCAAACGUUUGUAACAUUGCUGCCCACAAUGCUCGCGUUUCCGUUCUCUCGAUUGAUGCCAUCCUGCUGGCUAGGCGAGCAGGCCAAGUGA